UUCUUAUAGAUGGCAAGCAAUUCAAUACAACACCAUCUCCUUCACCUCUGCUCUCCCUCCUUUUCUUUCUCCCAUGGCUUCCACUAACCUCAUGGCUUCUAUGGCUUUGCUUCUGCUUCUGCUACCUUUGAGUGCCAUGGGAGAUGACUGGUCUCCAGCUCUCUCCCCCUUUUUAGACAAUCUAUGUGAUGAAGUGGAAUGCGGGAAAGGAACAUGCAAAGCCAGUCUUGAGUAUAAAUUCAACUUCAUCUGUGAGUGUGAUUCUGGUUGGAAGCGAACCCGUGGUGAUAAUGAAGAUGGUCUGAAGUAUCUCCCUUGUGUCAUUCCAAACUGCACACUGGACUACUCCUGCAUGACAGCCCCGUCUCCUGCUCCAGCCAUUCCACAUAAUGAAUCGGCCUUUGAUCCUUGCUAUUGGAUGUAUUGUGGAGAAGGUAAAUGCACAAGGUCAUCAGCAUAUGGUUACAAAUGUGAAUGCAAUUCUGGUUACCAGAAUCUUCUUAAUAUCUCAGUCUAUCCCUGCUACAGUGAAUGUGCACUUGGAAGCGACUGUGAGAAGCUGGGGAUCAAGGUUUCGAAUUCGACGUCCUCGUCAAAUUCAGGUGAUGGGAGUGGAGGUAGCUCGUUUCUACAAGGCAAGGCUCAUUGGAUGGCUCUAGUGCUGAUCUCCAUGGGUUUACUUCUGUGGAAGUAGGACUAGGAUUAUUAAUUGGACCCAAAUCCUAGGACACUGGAAUUUAGUUAUGUCAUAUGCGAUUUCAUUAUAUUGUCUGAUUCAUGUGUUUGGUUUAUUGCUCUUUUGAUUCCAUCUGAUUCUUGUGUAGAAUCCAGUUUGUAAAAAUAUUAUAGACAGUCAUAGGUGAUGCAUAGGACCACUAUUGAAUAAAUAUCAUGAGUCUGUUGUUUUGUUGUUUAGUAGA